UGGAUAACUGGAAGCGCUUCUCUGCUGUUCCCUGAGCCGCCCCCCUCCCACCGUAAGGGCAGGGUGUGCUGCGGGGCCUGUGGUAAGAGCUUCUAUGAUAAAGGCACCCUGAAGAUCCACUACAACGCCGUCCACCUGAAGAUAAAGCACCGCUGCACCGUGGAGGGCUGCAGGAUGGUGUUCAGCUCCCUGCGGAGCCGGAACCGCCACAGCGCCAACCCAAACCCCCGGCUACACACCGGUCCACUCAGACAGACGCCGGCGCCAUGCAGGGAGACACACACACUACACACACACUACACUACACACACACUACACACACACUUCGACAGCCAACACACACACUCCAACAGUCCACCACAUAACCAACCCCUCAACAUAGCUACAGCUGUACCCCCAAAGUACCCCCACCACCAAUACACCCCCCAAUACCCACCCCUGAGACACCCGGGCUCAGAGCCAGCCGGUUCCUCCAGUCCAGACCCCCACAGCGGGCCCAUGUUGCCCAGACCAGGGCAUCCCUCAGGGGGCAUGACUGUUCCUCUGUCUCCCCUGGAGACUCAGCUGCUGGUUCCAUCUCUGGGGGAGGUGAAGACUCUGUCCCAGCUCCAUAGACUUACUCUAAAGACCUCCUCUCCUCCUCUUCCCUGCUCCUCUCUCCUGACCUCACCUCCCUCCUCAUCCUCUCCCCUCACUGCCCUUCUCUCCCCUCUACCCUCUUCCUCCUCACUCCCAGACCAAUCAGAGGAUUCCUUGGGGUCAGUGGGAGGGGCCAAAGCUCUCCUGUCAUCUGGUCAGGUACUCAGGUGUUUUUCGUCUGACCCUGCCCCCAAGAAGAAACCCAGGAAGUCCAGCAUGCCUCUAAAGAUCGAGAAGGAAGUGAUGGUUGCAUGUGAGGAGUGCAGAGGAGAGGAGGAGGAAGAGGAGGAGGAAAGAGGAGGGAACAGGAAGUGGUAG